AGAAAGCUAACCUGAGGAAGGAGCGAUGGGGGAGGACCAAGGUCUUCUUUCUCCUGGUUGACAAAUCUUAAUCGCCCCUGUCCUGCAAAGCCUUUUGCCAUUGACUUUCUUCGGUGCUCUCCGCCGACUUGCCAUGUCCUUCUGACUGACUUGGCCUGAAGAUGACUUCUCUAAACCCGCCCAGCCCCGGGGGCAGCCUCAAUGGAUCUUUGCCUCGUCCGGGGGCUGCUAACCACACCGACCCUCCAGUCCCACCACUGUGCCAACUGGACCAACUGCGGGACCAGUUCUUCAGGGUUGUUCCUCAUCUGAAGGAUCAGUUGGAUAAUAUCUUCUGUCUGGUCGGCAGGAUUCGGCACAAUCUGCAAGAGCAUCUCAAACAGGUGGAAAGCUUCUUGCAGCUUGUCGAGGCCUGCAGUAAACACGCAGAUGCCAUAGAGUCUGCAAAGUCCCAGGCAAGCCAGGUGUCACCUGGGGAAGAAACCAGGCAGACCCCAAACGUAAAGCCCCUUGAGGACUCCAACUUGAAAGCCAUUGUGGUGUCGUGGCUGUCUCAGCAGCCAGUGUUCACCGCUGAACCCUUAGAGUCGCUGGAGCCACGACCAUCAUGGGAUAGAGCACCUGAGUUUUGGCAAGAUCUUCUCGCUGACGACCUGUGGAAGGUCUUUGCAGAUGUCCACAAGGAAAAACUGUCAACACAGGGAAUGACAGAGCAGACGCUGGAGCUGGAGAGCAAGGACCCGGGACUGUGUGGCUCCAAAACAGAUGGAGACUCUGAAGGCAUCUUGAGCCAUCCAGCUCCCAACUUGGCCGAGCCUUUGUCCAGUUCCCGUGGGGCUCUCCAGGAAGAGACCAGCGCACCCCAGGAGCCCGCCAGGUAUGACUGUCAGCUUCUGAAGCUCUUCUCCUGGGACCCCGAGGACUUGGAGGACAGCUGGAAGAGGCCGGGCGGGUCACUCUGGCCCUGGCAGAGGUCGGUGGUCCCCCAUGCGCUGCAGAGCAUGUGUGUGUUGAAGCAAGGAGAGCUGGUCCUGGAUGCAGCAGUGAGCAGCUUCUCGCGCCACGCCUUCACCUGCAGCAGGGGCGGCAUCAAGGUGUGGAGCCUCGUGGGCCAGGUGGCCAAGGACAGGUUCCCCGAGAGCCACUUGCAGCCCAGUGUACAGGCCCCCGGGGCCUACCUGCGCACCUGUCUGCUGUCCUCUGACAGCCGCUCGCUGUUAGCUGGUGGCCACAACCUGCCCAGCGUGAGCGUGUGGGACCUGGCGGCACCCUCGCUCUAUGAGAAACAGCAGCUGCCCUGCGAGGGGCUGUCCUGCCAGGCUCUGGCCUCCAGCGUGGAUGAGAGCCUGGCUUUUGCUGGCUUCAGCGACGGCACUGUCAGGGUGUGGGACAUGAGGAGCCAGAAAGUGGUCAGGGACCUAUUCAGCCACAUCAGUGGAGUCAAGAGCCUCGUGGUCAAUGACCACAACUUGUGGACGGGGGGUCUGGACGCCUGUCUGCGGUGCUGGGACCUGCGGGUGGUGCAGGAUCCCCUGGAGUACAUGUUCGAGUCCCAGAUCAUGAGCCUGUCACACAGUCCCCAGGAAGACUAUCUGCUGCUGGGCAUGGCCAACGGUCAACACUGGCUCCAUAGCAUGGACACCCCAAAGCAGCGGCUCAUGGUGGCCUCUAAGGACAAGACAGUACUCGGGGUCAAGUUCUCACCAGAUGGCCAGUGGUUUGUCAGCGUGGGCAUGGACGACCUUGUCUCCAUCCACAGCAUGCCCACGGGUGCCAAGGUCUUCCAGGUCUGUGAGGCCACCUCCAUCAUGUGCUGCGAUGUGUCCUCCAAUGGCCGACUGAUCAUCACAGGGUCUGGGAACCAUGCCUCAGUGUAUCAGGUCACCUACUGAGGGUCAUGACAGUGUUGGCCCAGCUCUGUCUCCUCAUCACCUGUGUUCCUUUCUGUCCAUGGUAGAGGGCUGCAUUCUCUGGGUCCUUGUCACAUAUAAUAAAGCAAGCGACAAAAGAAAA